AUGGCUUUCUCCUUGGUCCAUGUUCUCGUGUUCCUAAUCGCAAUCAUCAACAGCCAACUGGCCGAUGCGGGUGGUCGUGCUGAGAUUGUCCAUCAAUGCAGCUAUCCUGUUUGGUGUGCAGUCGUGAAGGGCUUCAAACCUGACGACCCCACACCACAAGACCAAAGACCACCAGUCCAGUGGAUCCCACAACCGGCUGGACAAGUAAUUAUCGAUUACUUCACUGCACAUCCAAUCGACACCGGAAUGGCUCUCAUGUGUACUCGAGACCCAGCCGCGACCAAGCCAGCUGUUACUCAACUUGAGUACACCUGGCGACCAGAUCUCGACAUGACUUUCUUUGACGCCAGCAAUGUCGAAGGGACCCCAUUUUUGAAUGAAGGAUUCAGAAUGGAUGUGCACGAACCGCUCCAGCCACAAGGACCAGCUUGUUAUCCUGCGCACUGUGCUCCAGGAGACAAGAUCUGUGGAGAGAUUUACAACAAGUGGAACGACGAUUUCCAGGGAAUGCGCUCCUGCUCCCCAGAAAUGGUGAUGCGCAUGAAUCUUUGCUCGGCUAAAUCGAGCGACUGA